AUCAUGAGCAUAGUUUCCGAGAGACAAACUCUGAUCGGUUGCAAGAGGCCCAUGCAAAGCGACAAAAAGGCGACUAAGAUGACUUCUAGCUUCUCUCGUCGUCGUAGGCGAUUGCUCUGACUCGCUAUGGAAAGAUUUAACAAUAUGCAUAACCAAGUUCUCGACUGGGGAUCAAGUUGGUGGUUAGGUGUUAUAAUUCCUGUGAGGUGAAUCAUAAUAAGGACGCCCUUGAAUGAAAUCUGAAUACCCUUUUUACUUGUAAAAGCUUGAGCGAAAUGUAUGGUACAGUCGUGGAAAGACUAAAGGAAAGAUCUUUGUUUCAAUUUAUUCAUUCUUUAAGUCAAAUGUAUCAUGAAUUUGAACAACUAUAUUAGCAUGAUAUUAAAAAGGAGAAUACCUCCACUAUGUCAAGGCUUGAACUGGGGCCUAUAGUUUGGCCCACAUUACUCUGUUAUGAUUGGUAGGCCAAUAACGGCUCAUGUUCUGUGUCACGAGAAAAUCUGCUUCCUAUAGUGUGUGGUUAUCUUUUUGUAUAUUGCUUAUCCACGAAAUCUUCUGCCGCAAAAGGGUUGAAUGAUAAUUCCCACACCGUGCUGAAAGAAGCGAAGCAGAAGCAGUGAAAUCAAGAAACUGAGGAAAGGAAAAUACUACUAAUCAGGACAUGUUGCGAAGCCCCAAAUUUCUUCAGCCCACAAAGCUUCUACACCCUUCGGCUCCUCCACAGUCUCCCUCUCAGUCGCAAAACAUCCCCACUUCCCCAAAUUUCCCAGUCGUCAAACAAUGUUGCAGAGUCUCCCGCCGGCAGCUCGCCGUUGGAAGCAAUUCUCUCUUGCUUCUCUUCGGAUCUCAGGUUCUGGACCCAUUUUACAUGUCCUCCGAAGCAGAGGUUGAAGAAAGCCUGGUAGAAAAUGAAGAAGAUUUGCAGAGGAAACAGAGCCUCAUUGAUGGCCCUCGUUGCACAGGGCAGAGCCCCACCAAGCGUGCAUUUCUUGAUAUCUCCAUUGACGGAGAGCCUGCUGGUCGCAUCAUCAUCGGGCUUUACGGAGACGAUGCCCCUGCCGGAGUUGCAAGGUUCGGUAAUCUUGUGAGCGGAGCUGCAGGGGUUUCUUACAGAAGAAAAGACUUUGUAAAGAUCACAUCAAAUUAUGUCCAGCACAGUGGAGUGAGAUCUUAUGGUGUGGAUGUAGAGCUAGCGAAGAGGACAGGAAAUGAAUUAGCAUCCGAGACUCUAAAAGAUGAAUGGGAGAGAGUCAAUGAGAAAUGCUCUGGAACUAAGAACAUGGCUGGAACUGUGGGGAUCAUUGUUAGAGAUCCUUCAAAACCACCUCCCAAGUUGAAGUUGGUAGCCCGGCAAGGGAAGCUGGAGGUUGAUCAGGAAGAGGUCGGGAUGGAGCCGAACGGAACUGAGUUCACGAUUUCCGUCAAGGAUUCGCCGGAGCUGGACGAUUCGGCCCUGGUGAUCGGAACAGUUCUGGAAGGGAUGCAGGUUGUGGACAGAAUUGCGCAAGUGAAGACAGUGAAGGACAAUACCACUUCUCCUUACUUCAGGGUGGCAAAGCUAAUAGGAGAUAAAAGAGCUGUUGUGGCAGAAAGAGGAUUCAACCGUCCUUAUUCAAAAGUGAUUGUCACAAACUGUGGGUUGAUAGAGCAAUGACAUGGUUAUGUUCCCAGUUUUGCCGUUUUUUAAUCGAAUUGAAGAUCUAAAUGUAACUAUAUCCUUAUGAAUGAGGCAUUUUAUAUCAUAUCAAAGUUUUGAAAUCAACUUUGGAAAUAUUCUUAUAUUAUAUCUCCGUAAAUCUUUUGAGUAUGUUUAAUAUAUAGCGAGAUAAGUAUUUCUUCUUA